CAUUAUAUCCCAUUAUCGACCAUCACGUGUACCAAUGGCCCCAGCCCCAGUUCCAACUGGCACCUAUACCAUCCAGGACGUAAACGGCAAAUUUGCUACUGUGCCUCUCAUACUUAAUCAACCUAUCCAAUUCAAUGCCCCAACCGGCGCCCAGAAUCAAAAUUGGGUCAUUUCGACUGUAGUUGGGGUCUCCAGGAUAAAAAGCGCCGCCCUUGGACCGCAACCGGUCCAGGACCGACCCAGAUAUUGA